AUGCAGCGUGUUAUACCUGAGUGCUACAGGUGCAAGAAAUCGAUUGCGAAUGCAUUGGUUGAGUGUGAAUGCAAAAAACAAUUCCAUCCCGGUUGCGUCAAGCCGUAUUCUGUGACAAAAUACGCGGACCAUUGCUGCAAAGCUCUGGUGAAGCACUAUGACACUCCGCUUACGCCGCAGGCCGAAAACAAUUUUAAUCUAGACAUUAUGACUACUCCUGUAAGUACCGGUGCUCAGGCACAGUCUCAAUUACAGUCUCAAGGAGAUAUUAAUUCACACGACCUUUUACUUCGAAUAUCUCAACAAUUGACUGAGCAAAUGAAGGUGUCAAAUUCGAGAUUUUCUGCUUUUGCUGAGGAAACGAAUUCGAGAUUUAAUGCUUUCGUCGAAGAGCAGCGGCGCACGAAUAAUGAACUGAAUGACAAGCUUGACAGACUAAACAGCAUUGCGAGCGGUGUCGAGCGGAACAGUCAGCGGAUUGUUGAGUUGGAGCAACAGUGUAGUGCUCUUGCGGAUGAGAUUCGUAAUUUAAAGAGCAACCGUGCCGGCUCUCACUCUGCUACGCGAGCUCAGUCUGAGAAUGAGUUAAUUAUCUCAGGUGUUCCUACCGCGAUGUCUGUUACCCCCUUGGAGUGCGUUCGAAAUGUAUUUGCGACAUUAGAAAUCCCUGAGCUGUCGUGCCACGUUCUUAACGUUAGGGCCGUCGCUCGUAAGCCUCUGCCGCCGGUGGCUGGUGACCGAUUGUUACCGACUUCUACCACGAGCUCUUAUAUUGUUACAUUAGCUUCGGGCGCGGUACGUGACACUGUUAUGUCCAAAAAACGGGCACGGCGUGUGCUUACGCAAAGGGAGGUCUGUGGUGGCAGCUCGGAUCGGAACGUGCAUGUCAAUGAACUGCUCCCUAAGGACACUUAUGAAUUGUUGCAGCACACGAAGCGUGUUGCUAAGGACAAGUCCUAUCAGUAUGUCUGGGUAAGGGGAGGUCGCAUCCAUGUGAGGCACUCGGAUGGUGAGCCUGCAAUUAAGAUCGAUUCAGCUGCAGACAUUGAUAAGCUCGUCUGA